GAAGGGGAAGGAAAGAAUGGCAAAGAAAAUGCAGAAGGAGGAGGAGGAGGAGGAGGCACCGAAGCCCUCUCCUCCUCCGGCAGGGACUUCUUCGCCUCCGUCAGAAACAGCAUCAUACAGCAGGGAUCAGGGUUCCAUAAGGAUGAUAACGACCAGGGCAUCUUGGGCAAAGUGCUCUGGUCAACGUUUAAGACUGACCUCGUUUCCCACAGUAGCUUCUGCUGUGAAAAAUUUCCUGAAGGUUUCACUCCGUUUCCGACACAGCGAGUCGAGAGGUCCUUUGUGGGGAAUAAGGACUACAGUAAACAUCCGGAGGGCUUCCAGGUGCGAUUCGCGUGUCCGAAAGCGUGCCGGCAUCCCGAACACACGGACUGGGAGUUUUGCUGAACGAAGCCACCUGAGUGUUGUGUUCGGUGUAAUGGAGCUUGUUAGUGACACGUUGUUAGCGAUGUACAAGAGUAAAGGUUUAUCACGAGUGUUGUUUGUGUUUGAGGUCCUGUUAUUCUCUGUUUGGUGGUGAUGAC